AGUACCUACUGCCGAGAUGUCCUGCCAGCAGAGCCAGCAGCAGUGCCAGCCCCCUCCCAAGUGCACCCCCAAGUGCACUCCCAAGUGCCCCACCCCUAAGUGUCCCCCAAAGUGUCCCCCUAAGUGCCCUCCAGUCUCUUCCUGCUGCAAUGUCAGCUCCGGAGGCUGCUGUGGCUCCAGCUCUGGGGGCUGCUGCAGCUCUGGGGGUGGUGGCUGCUGCCUGAGCCACCACAGGCGCCGCAGGUCCCACUGCCACAGACCCCAGCGCUCUGACUGCUGCAGCCAGCCCUCCGGGGGCUCCAGUUGCUGUGGAGGGGGCAGCGGCCAGCAUUCUGGAGGCUGCUGCUGAAGUGG